ACGCACAGCACAUGAAGUUAGAGCAGGUCAGUCCCUCUGCCAGUGGGUUAGCCAGAGCGGAGUGACAUGCCGUGUCUCUCCUUUCCCACAGCGCACCCGAGAUAAAAGCACUCUGGCCAGAGACCCUCCGAGGACAGAGUCAAGGUCCCCCAGAAGUGAAAUCCAUCCCUAAAAAGCCAGCCCAGAUACCAAUGAGGUUGAGAAGCAACUUCGAUGCGUCAAAAACACUAAGUGCCGGUAACAUGGAGACAUUAAUUGAAUGUCAGUCAGAGGGUGACAUCAAGGAACAUCCCCUGUUGUUGGCAUCAUGUGCGAGUGAAGACAGCAUUUGCCAGCUAAUUGAAGUUAAGAAGAGAAAGAAAGUUCUGUCUUGGCCCUUCCUCAUAAGAAGACUCUCCCCUUCGUCAGAUUUCUCUGGGACUUUGGAGCCAGACCUGAAAGUGUCACUAUUUGAUCAACCCUUGUCAAUUAUCUGCCAUGAGAACGGCGCCCUGCCCAGACCCAUUCAGGAUAUUCUCGCUAUCCUCUGCCUUAAAGGCCCCUCGACUGAAGGAAUAUUCAGGAAAGCAGCCAGUGAGAAAGCCCGCAAGGAGCUGAAGGAAGCGCUCAACUGCGGGGGAACCGUGGACCUGGAAGGGCUGCCCGUACACCUGCUGGCCGUGGUCUUCAAGGACUUCCUCCGGAGCAUCCCCUUGAAGCUACUGUCCUGUGACCUCUUUGAAGAGUGGAUGGGUGCCCUGGAGAAGCAGAACGAGGAGGACAGAAUUGAGGCUCUCAAGCAGGUUGCAGAUCAGCUCCCUCGACCCAACCUCCUGCUGCUCAGGCACCUGGUCUACGUGUUGCACCUGAUCAGCAAAAACUCGGAGGUUAACAAGAUGGACUCCAGCAACCUGGCUAUCUGCAUCGGCCCCAACAUGCUCACCCUGGAGAAUGACCACAACUUGUCAUUGGAGGCCCAGAGAGACUUGAACAAUAAGGUAAAGACAUUGGUGGAAUUCCUCAUCGACAACUGCUUUGAGAUAUUCGGGGAGAACAUUCCAGCUCAUUCCAGCAUCACUUCUGAUGACUCUCUGGAACACACCGACAGUUCAGACAUGUCGACCCUGCAGAAUGACUCAGCCUACGACAGCUAUGAUCCUGACUUUGAACCCACCAGUGCCAUCCACAAUCCCAGAAAGCAGCCCCAGGUUCCCACAGCCAUGGCUGCUGGUCUGGACAACAGAAGGCCCCAGGACACCUGUGAGUUAUGCCCAGAGCCCAUUGUGAGCACAGUAGCCAGACUGAAACGCUCCAUCAACCAGGCAGACAGGAGGUUCUCAGAACCCGGCAUGCCACCCUCACAAGAGUGCCUUGAGAGCCGGAUGACAAACCAAAAACUAACCAAAAGUGAGGAUGACUUCACCGUGCCACAGGCAAGCCCUCAUUUGGAAAGCGAGGACACCGAAGACCCAUUUCCAGAGGAGGUCUUCCCUGCAGUAGAAGGCAGAGCCAAGAGACCAAUGGACCUGAUGAUCAAGAACUCAACCCAGAGUUUGCCUUUGCUGCAGGGACCAGGACCCAAAGCCUUCUCCAGCGGCUCCCUGGGUGGGUCCUCUGACAAUUCACCAACAGCUUCUCCUUCCUGUCCCCCAAAAAAUUUCUUCACCAGACACCAGUCUUUCACCGUGAAGACUGAGAAAAGCAAGCCCAGCAGAGAAAUUAAAAAGCACUCCCUGUCAUUUUCCUUUGCCUCUCACAAAAAAGUGCUGCCCAAGACCCCGAGCUGUGGGACUGGGAAACCCAAAGACUUUACCAGAGACCAAGUCAAGAAGGGCGUGAGAAAAGAAAGUCAGCUUGCUGGAAGGAUCGUCCAGGAGGGCAGACCUGACGUCUACAGCCAAGCAGCUGCAGGCUGUGGCUUGCCACCUGGGGCCCCCUCAGUCAAUGACGUGUUCCAGAUGGUUGACCAGAGGAGCCCAGGAAGCCCGCCAUCUUAUGAAGAGGCCAUUCAGUGCCAGGCGUCUGGACUCUUAGCCUAUGGCAGCCAGACCGUGGGAAGUAUGCGGGCGAGAAUGCUGAGCCAGGACUCCACGCCGCCACCUCUUCUGCCCUCUCACCAUGGAGGAGGCUCCAGGAUUGUCUGCCAUGAAGAAGCACUUAGUGGACGCAGCCUGUCUUCCAUGACUGCGUGUUGGGAACAGGGUGGGACUGUGAGUCCCUCUGGGGAAACUCAAGAGCCUGGGACCACACCCGGGAGGCCUGAGCUUACCAGGCUAAGGACUGUGUCCGAGUUUAUGCAGAAGGACAAGCAGGACUAUCUCAGGCGACGAUGUAGCCAGCCCAUCUUUGAGGCUGACCAACUCCAAUAUGCUAGAGAAUCCUACAUUUAGGAAGGAAGGCCAUCGGCCAUGACUAGCUGGUGGCAUCUCUGUAAAUAUGUAACUACAGAAAGAACUGCUUGUAGAUUGUCUUCAAAAAAGUCAUGAAUAAGCUCUUUCAGAAAGUUGUAUAGAGCCCUCCACGAGGACAGCGGCAUGGUGGCACUUCAGAGAGUUUCUGUGCAUACCUGGAUUUGUGCAAUAUGUAGCAAAUGUAUAAAAUGUAUUAUAGACAGGUGUUAGGUGCAAGGACUGUCUACCCAAUGCCUGAAUGCAUUUAUUUGUGUCUUGUGGUACGUUGCUAUUCUUUGCCCCCCCCCCCGGGCAUAUUUUUGUGGGUUAGUGUUUUAAAAUCUUCUUUGCUUUUUUAAUGUUGCCUCAAAUGUCAUGCCAAUUUUCACAUUUUCCAUCAAUUCCAUCUAGGGAAAAAUGUUUAAAUCGUCAGUGUAUAUUUACUCUACUAAGGAGGUUUGUUUAUUAACUAACCACAGCAGAAGACAGAAAUAGAGUUCAGCGUUCAGAGUUGUCAAAAAACAUUAGAAAAAAAGACCAUAAAGAAAAUUACGAAAAUACUUAAAUAAGUCCUUUUAAUGAUCUAAUUAAAUUAGGAUAGAUUAGUGGAAACACAUUACGUCAAUAUUAACUCACUUAGAGCACUUUGAGUUUUCUUUGUGGUUCAAUGGUGUCAUGCAACAGUUUGGAGGUAAAUGAUUUUAUAUGCAUUGGGGAUCAUAUACAAAACUUCAAUGUAAUUUCACUACAAUAAAUUACCUUUCUUAUUUGCAAGUGAAAA